UGGCGGACGUCGGCGGGAGUGUAGCUUCGGCCCGCCUCUCUCCGCCCGUCAACAUUCGGGUGUUGUCGACUCGAAGCGCACUGCCGGAGGAAGAAAAAAAAAAAGGAAAAAUAGACGGAAACGCGCACUUCUUUGCUUAUAACGACCCCGGAAAAAAAAGAAAAGAAAAAAAAAGUUAAAUAUUAACACCAAACGUCAGCGAAAAGUGGCAGCGGGGAUCGAACCACAUCUGUUUGGAAGUGGAGUGUGUGUCUGAUGCCGAGUCGCGCCGCCGCUGCUGCUGUUGACAACAUUGUUGCUGUUUUGGUGACAUUGUUGGCGUCGUGGUGACAUUGUUGGCGUGGUGGUGACAUUGCCGCCGAGGGACAGCUCUCCUCCAGCGCAUCAAAGAAAGAAAGAAGGAAGGAAGGCAGCCAGAAGCCGCCCCUUUUCGAAGAAAUCCCCGCCCACCCCGCCUCCUUUCUGCCUGGAGAGAGAGAGCUCUCAGCUGAUCAGCGCCGUGAUUGUCCAGGAUGUCGGCGAAGGCUCACAGUUCCAACAACAUCGCCCAAGGCCGGCGGACGGUGCAGCAGCUGCGGCUGGAGGCCAGCAUCGAGAGGAUAAAGGUGUCCAAGGCCUCUGCAGACCUCAUGCAUUACUGCAGCGAGCAGGCCAGGAACGACCCCCUGCUCAUGGGCAUCCCGGCCUCAGAGAACCCCUUCAAGGACAAAAAGCCCUGCGCCAUACUGUAGUCCUCCUCCGCUCCGCCUUUACCCGGGUUUCUUCUUGCUCGUCCUGUGUUGCCGUGUCGUGUUUGUGUGUGGGUGGAGUGGGGGAGGGGGGAGGAGCCAGGGGCGGACCCUCGCCGCCGCCGCCGCUUGUCUUUUUCUCUUCGCCAAUCACCGCGGUUCUCUCCAAAUUUUGUGUGAAGAGCAACGGAACGGGGUUAACGUUCCCUGUGGGUGGAGGGGGGGUUUGUGUCCGGUCCCGGUUCUCUUGCGGAAGUCGACGCACACGUUCUUUCAGGGUCUCACGACAAUCCACGUUCCGUUUGUCGUCUUUGCUUCUCGUCUUUAGGACAAACUUGUCCACGCAUUUGUCGUCGGGGGUCGACAGAAACCCAUUUAAAUGUUCCCGCCUUUCCGUACAGUUCAGCUCGCCGUUGAGUCAACAAGUCAGGAGGUUCCUUACAUUCCAUUGAAGCUCCGCCCCCUUUAGGUGCCGUACCUCUCUGCCGAGCCAAACUGAACUGUCCUGUUCGGUGGACAUCAUCCUCGUGUUACGAAGAACACCUCCCGGGAGGAACUGUUCCUGGUCCGGAACCGUGUCUCGCCAAAACGGUGUUUCCUGGUGCUGCAGCCUUGCCCCCGCGUACCCCACCCCCCCAACCCCCCUCACAGGGUACCUUCCAAUCAGCAACCAUUGUACUUUGGUCCAAUCUUGGACUUUUAACAACUUUCUUCUUAUUUGCAAUAAUCCCCCGCCGGCCUGUCGAGAAAAAAAGUUGAGCUAAGCACUGCCGUGUCAGCGUUUGUCUGGUUGUUCCACCAAAGUCCUCAGUUUGAUUCCGGAGUCAGCAAGCUUUGUUUGAAGAUGAGGAUGACGUCCAAGAUUGUACUAACAUCUCAAUAAAGUUGUCUUGUCUCACACCA